AUGAGUACCACUCCAUCUGGCCACCCCAUCCCGAUCCACACAAUAAACCUGUCUCUCCCCCCCCUCGAACGCUAUGUCACCCUUUCUACCUUGUAUGCAUCCCGCAUGCGCGCCAUGCUACCCAUAUUCGACGACCUCAUCAACUCCUUAUCACCACACAUUCCCUUGCGUCUAGUACACACUCUUGCGCGUCUGGCGUUGAGGGGGUUAUGGUCAAAGGAAGAAACGGAUGAGAUUCGCGGCAUUGCGCGCGCGGCGGGCGUAGAGGUUUAUUUUCUUGUGUGCUUGAAUACGGUGUUGGAUUUGUUGAUGGGGUGUACUAGUGGGGGUAUCCUUACCAAGCCCAGGUCGGCUAGGUCUGAUGGUGAUGGGGGAGAGAGGGGAAUGGUGCAUUUCAGGACGCUGGAUUGGACGAUGGAUCCGCUGAGGGACUUGAUUGUGCAGCUCGAUUUUGUGCGUGAUCCAGUCAAUGGAGAUGGCGAAAGAGGGGAAGUGCUGGCGUCCAGCGUCACGUACGUCGGCUUCGUGGGCGUUCUGACCGGUGUACGACGCGGCCUGAGCGCAUCGCUGAAUUUUCGACCUGUGCAUAAUAAGCAGCCAGGAUUCGGAGGCGAUGUGGCAUUUUAUGUUAAUCAUCUGCUUGUGUUGCUGGGGUGGCGACAGUCGAUUGCGUCGUUGAUGCGGGAGUGCCUUUUCACUCCUUUCCAGUCUUCAUCUGCAACAGAAAAUAAAGAUAUAUCGGAUUUGAGGAACAUACAGCGGAAUAUUCCAAGUGUGCCUACGACAGCUGCAUAUCUCAUCUUCAGCGAUGGCGAGACUACGCUAGCCAUGGAAAAGGAUUACAAGACUGCCGUCGUACGGUCGUCGGAGUCGUUUAUUGCUACUACGAAUCAUGAUCAACCACCUUCAUCUGAUACGGAUGGAAUCAGAAAAGAAAAGAAGAUGGGGAAUCAUAUAGGUCUGAGCCUGAUUUCCUCCGAUGUACAAUCCAUCCAAGAUUUGAUCGAGGAGAGUACGGAGCGAUAUGAGUGUAUACAAGCGCGAUGGGAUGAGAAGGUUCGUCGACACAAUAAACAACAAUCAAGAAAUGCGGAGCAGGUACAAAGAGGGACACGGUCGUCGGUACGUCUACGGCAGAAACGGGAGGAAAGUGCGGAGUUAGCGAUUACACGAGAAGAAGCGAUUGAGUGGCUCACGAUGUAUCCGGUGCUGAAUGAGUCGACGCAUUAUGCUUGUUUGAUGGAUGCGAAGAAGGGGGAGGUGGUUUGGGGUAGGAAGUAUGAUGCUAGUGAAUGGGAGUAG